AUGGCAUCGAACGGAACCACAAACAAACAUGGCCGAGGCGAAACGCCCGCAACCAGAGUUGCUAAUGGACAACAUCCGGAAAACUGGAUGCCUUGCAGAGAUCAACCUGUCUAUACUCGACGCAAACUCCGGAUCGCUUGUAUCGGGGCUGGAUAUUCCGGUUUGACAUUGGCGCACAAGAUUGAUCACGAGCUGAAGCUCAGCGACGUAAUUGAUCUAGUCAUUUAUGAGAAGAAUUCUGCUGUUGGUGGAACUUGGUUUGAGAAUACAUACCCCGGCGUGGCGUGUGAUAUUCCAUCUCAUGCGUACACCUUUCUUUUCGAGCCUAAUCCCAGCUGGUCGAAGUUUUAUGCUCCUGGUCCCGAGAUUAAUGAGUACAUCCAGCGGACAACGAAGAAGUGGAAUUUGGACAGGAAUGUCCAGUUUAACUCUCGGGUGAAGGAAACUCUUUGGGACGAUGAGUUAGGAAAGUGGAAGAUUGAAGUCGAUCAAGCCGGGUCGGUAAAAUAUGACGAGGUCGAUAUAUUGGUCAACGCUGCAGGAUUUCUCAACAAGACCAAUUGGCCAAAUAUUGAGGGCUUGUCUGAAUUCAAGGGCAAGCUUGUUCACACGUCAAAUUGGGACAACAACUAUGACUGGACCAACAAGAACGUCGCAGUGAUUGGAAAUGGGUCAUCUGGCAUCCAGUGCGUGACAGCCAUGCAGCCAAAGGCCAAAAAACUUGUGAACUUUGUUCGUAACCCGACAUGGGUCUCUGUGAACAUUUGCGCAGACAAAACCCCGGACGGGCUCAAUUUUGCAUAUACGGAAGAGCAGAAAAGGCUGUUUACCGAAGACCCUGUUGCUCAUUUCAAGUAUCGGAGGGAGUUGGAGAGCAGCGUGAAUGGCUUCUUUUACGGAAUGUACAGAGAUCAUCCGGUGCAGGUUGAACUGACAGCUCUCUGUCGGCAGCAUAUGCAGGAGAAAGUAAGAGGGAUUCCAGACCCUGAAGUCGUUUCAAAAUUGCUUUCUCUGGAUUGGAAUCCUGGUUGUCGUCGCCUGACGCCCGGAGAAGGCUACAUAGAGGUUUUCUCAAACCCAAAUGCGACCUUGAGUUUUGAUCCUAUUGAGAAAGUUACCGAAGAAGGUAUUAAAAUCAAGGAUGGAAAAGAACACCAAUUUGACAUUAUUGUGUGUGCCACUGGAUUCGACACCAGCUUCAUUCCUUCUUGGAAAUUGGUCGGUCGCGGUGGAGCAAUGUUAGAUGAACGAUGGAAGACCAAUCCGGAAUCAUUUUUCUCUGUUCAAGUCGACACAAUGCCUAACUACUUCAUGUUCAGUGGUCCUAACGCAGUAGUCUCUCAUGGCUCUCUACUGGCGUCUAUAUCGUGGACUUGUGACUAUAUCCUACGAUGGGCCAAAAAGAUUGCGACCGAAGAUAUCAAGUCAAUUGAUGUCAAGAGAGAAUCCAUGGACGACUAUAACGUUUAUGCCCAGGAAUUUCUGAAGCGCAUGGUCUGGUCCGAUGGGUGCCGAUCUUGGUACAAAAACGGCAAAGCGUCCGGACAUGUUACGGCCGUAUACCCCGGCUCCAUCUUACACUUCAAUAAUUGUCUCGAAAAUAUCGGCGGAGAGCAUUUCAACUUCCAGUAUCGAUCCAAGAAUAGUUUCCACUUCCUGGGAAAUGGAGAAAGUAUUCAUGAUAAAUACGGGAAAGGUGACAUGGCAUACUACAUGGACGAGAGGAGUGUUUGA